UGGCCGAUGCCAUAUGCAAUUUUAUUUCAUCCUUGUAAAAGAAGUCAUUAUGCAACUUGAUGAUGAGUAUCCAUGUAAGAGUUUAAACUUGAUUUGCAUCAUUAAUACAUGUUACGACACAAUAAUAGAGUUUGUCAGCAAGAUCAUUACAAAACAUUCUGCUAAGCUACUAGACUACUCUGAGGCGCGAAAACGUGGAAAGAGAGAUAACAAGCAUGGAAGGAACGCUCAAGAUAGCAAUGAAAAUGCUCAAGAACGUCUUCUUGAAUUACCUAGAAUAGAUUGUAGGAAGCGUUGAGCUUAGAACCUUUUAGUUACGAGUGUUGAGAAGAAUGAACACAUGUUCAAGAGGUUGUGUCUGAAUCUUUUAAGCAUAAUGAUUGGUACAAUGAAAGAGAUCUUGGUGCAAAAGGAAGAUGACGAUCUUUGGGAUAUAACUUUGAUUCAGAUUCAAUGGAUUGCCCUUUCGUUAAAGGAUGAGUUAUUCCCUGAAGAAGAGUUUUAACUUUUAGUUUUUAUAAUCAUAAUCUCCCACUUCUUAAGGUCCUGAUUUGAUUCUCAUAGAUAAUGAUAAACAUGUUCAAUCUUUAUCAUUUAAUACAUAAGAGACAGUGGAUACGCCACACAUGUUUAAUUUAUUUAUUAAAUGUAUUUAGUUUUUUUUUUUUUUUUUAUAAAUUUAAUUUAGACAAAAAAGACAUUCUCAAGCCACUCAUGCAACACGUCAGCAUUUUUCUUUUUGAAAUAUUUUAACGAAUAUUGUUGCGUUAGUAUGUUCUUACAAUAUAUUUUAAACAUAUAAUUAAGAUGGCCUACAACAUUUGUUGGCAACAAAAAUAGGAAAAAUAAUAUUUUCCCCGUAUAUCGUUGUUUUCUUUUGUCAAUAUCGUUGUUUCUAAUUAUCAUAAAUUUACACUCCGUUUUUUUUUUGAGAAACAGUUUACACUCAGUUUUGAAAGAUGUUUUUGUCAAAUUACUUACUGGCACUGUGUAAAUAUAGAGAAACCGAAUCAAAUGCUGUAGAGAUAAGACUAGGAGAUUUAUUACCAAAAAAAGACAAACACUAUUUACUCAUCACGUUGAAUAAAUCCAUAACAUCACCUCCCACUAUCUCUGGCCAUCCAUCUAUAUAUAACACAACCCAUACUCUCCCAUUCUCUACAACCAACUCAAUAAUAUAGAAAAGAAAAGACAAAGAUUUUACCUCUUGCUUGCUUGGUUUUGUAACCAUGGAGAGUGAAAGAACAAACUCCUCGACACCAAAGGGUCGAGGAGUAAACUUCUCAGCCCCGAGAAGCUUUUUUCUUAAAUUUAGUUGUAAAUGUAAGGAAACUUUCUUUCCUGAUGAUCCGUUUAAACCAAUAUCACAAGAGCCAAAUGGUUUGAUGAAAACAAAAAAGACAUUGCAGUAUUUUGUUCCAAUCUUUGAGUGGCUACCAAAGUACAAUCUGCAGAAACUAAGGUACGAUGUGCUUGCUGGAAUAACCAUCACCAGCCUUGCCGUUCCUCAGGGUAUCAGUUAUGCUAAUCUUGCCGGUAUCCCUCCCAUCAUUGGCCUAUAUUCAAGCUUUGUGCCGCCAUUUGUGUACGCCGUGUUAGGAAGUUCACACACUCUCGCGGUGGGUACAGUCGCAGCAUGCUCUUUGCUUAUCGCUGAGACAUUCGGGGAGGAACUGUUGAAAACGGAUCCCAAUCUUUACCUUCAUUUGAUCUUCACAUCCGCUUUCGUCACUGGUGUAUUCCAAUUUGCUUUGGGAUUCUUCAGGUUGGGGAUGUUGGUGGAUUUCUUGUCACACUCGACCAUAACAGGCUUCAUGGGAGGGACAGCUAUCAUUAUUCUCCUCCAACAACUAAAGGGCGUCUUUGGUAUAGUCCAUUUUACGCACAAAACCGACGUCGUUUCAGUUCUCCACUCAGUCUUCAGCCACCGUGAUGAGUGGAAAUGGCAAAGUUCACUUGCUGGGGUCUGCUUUCUUAUUUUCCUCCAAUCUACUCGAUACAUCAAGAAAAUAAAACCACAGCUAUUCUGGGUGUCAGCAAUGGGUCCAAUGGUGGUCGUCCUUGUGGGUUGCCUAGUUGCUUAUUUGGUGAAGGGAACAGAACACGGGAUCAAAACUGUUGGGCCUUUAAAGAAAGGACUAAACCCCCCUUCUAUUCAAUAUUUGACCUUCGAUGCCAAGUAUCUGCCGCUGGUUUUGAAGGCCGGAAUCGUUACUGGGCUCAUCGCUUUGGCUGAAGGGAUUGCGAUCGGAAGAAGCUUUGCUGUAAUGAAGAACGAACAAACGGACGGUAACAAAGAGAUGAUAGCAUUUGGUCUUAUGAACAUAAUCGGCUCCUUUACGUCUUGCUAUUUGACAACCGGGCCAUUUUCAAAAACAGCAGUGAACUACAACGCGGGGACAAAGACACCAAUGUCUAACAUAGUGAUGGGCUUUUGCAUGAUGCUCGUGCUUCUCUUCCUAGCGCCUGUAUUCAGUUACACACCACUAGUUGCUCUCGCGGCCAUCAUUAUGUCAGCCAUGUUGGGCCUCAUCGACUACGAGGAGAUGUACCACCUCUUCAAAGUUGACAAGUUUGAUUUCGUCGUCUGCAUGUCUGCUUUCUUCGGUGUGUCCUUCAUUAGCAUGGACUACGGUCUCAUCAUUUCCGUUGGAUUCUCCGUCCUAAGAGCGUUGUUGUACGUUGCACGGCCCUCGACUUGUAAGUUGGGAAGAAUACCAAACUCGGUUAUGUUUCGAGACAUAGAACAGUACCCUGGUGCUGAGGAGAUGCUUGGUUAUGUCAUUCUUCAAAUGGGUUCUCCUAUCUUCUUUGCCAACAGUACUUACGUCCGUGAAAGGAUUUUGAGGUGGAUUCGUGAUGAACCUGAAGGCGUUGAGUUUCUUCUGCUUGAUCUCUCUGGGGUUUCAAGCGUUGACAUGACUGGGAUGGAAACACUACUGGAAGUGCGGAGAAUACUUGUAUCAAAAGGCAUCAAGAUGGUGAUAAUAAACCCAAGAUUUGAAGUCUUGGAAAAGAUGAUGUUAUCACAUUUUGUAGAGAAGAUAGGAAAGGAGUAUGUGUUCCUAUCCAUUGACGAUGCGGUUCAAGCGUGCAGAUUUAAUCUUUCCACCACCGCCAAACCCGAACCCUGACACUGUUUAAGGUUUUAUAAGUUAAAGUCGUAUUUUAGGUUGUGUGCUCAAAUAAACAAUAACUAGCUAGUCUCUUCUAGACUACUAUGAAUGCUUUGUGGGCCGGGUAUUCGAUUUGUAACAUAAAGAAACCGAUUGAGAUAUGGAAGUUAGGAGAAACGGAGAUUUCAAUAUCAAAAACGGAGAUUUCAAUA